GUCCCCUCCCCGCCGUAUUUAUUUCCCUGGCCCCCGGCCAGCCCCUCCAUCUCCAUCUUCUCCGGGAUUCAGGCCUCCCUCCCUGCUAUGGAGAGCAACCUGUCUGGCCUGGUGCCUGCUGCCGGGCUGGUGCCUGCGCUGCCGCCCGCCGUGACCCUGGGGCUGACCGCGGCCUACACCACCCUGUAUGCCCUGCUCUUCUUCUCCGUCUAUGCCCAGCUCUGGCUGGUGCUUCUCUAUGGGCACAAGCGCCUCAGCUACCAGACCGUUUUCCUGGCGCUCUGUCUGCUCUGGGCUGCCCUGCGGACCACCCUCUUCUCCUUCUACUUCCGAGACACCCCCAGGGCCAACCGCCUGGGACCCCUGCCCUUUUGGCUUCUGUACUGCUGUCCCGUCUGCCUGCAGUUCUUCACACUGACGCUUAUGAAUCUCUACUUUGCGCAGGUGGUGUUUAAGGCCAAGGCGAAGCGUCGGCCAGAGAUGAGUCGAGGCUUGCUGGCUGUCCGAGGGGCCUUCGUGGGGGCUUCGCUGCUGUUUCUGCUGGUGAACGUGCUGUGUGCAGUGCUGUCCCGCCGGCGCCGCACGCAGCCCUGGGCCCUGCUCCUGGUACGCAUCCUGGUGAGCGACUCCCUCUUCGUCAUCUGUGCGCUGUCUCUGGCUGCCUGCCUCUGCCUCGUGGCCCGACGGGCCCCCUCCACUAGCAUCUACCUGGAGGCCAAGGGAACCAGCGUGUGCCAGGCUGCUGCAAUGGGUGGCGCCAUAGUCCUGCUCUAUGCCAGCCGGGCCUGCUACAACCUGGCAGCCCUGGCCUUGGCCCCCCGGAGCCGGCUGGACGCCUUCGAUUAUGACUGGUACAACGUCUCCGACCAGGCGGAUCUGGUGAACGACCUGGGGAACAAGGGCUACCUGGUAUUUGGCCUGAUCCUUUUCGUUUGGGAACUGCUGCCCACCACCCUGUUGGUGGGCUUCUUCCGGGUGCACCGGCCCCCACAGGACCUGAGCACCAGCCGCAUCCUCAAUGGUCAGGUCUUUGGCUCGCGGUCCUAUUUCUUCGACCGGGCAGGGCACUGCGAGGACGAGGGCUGCACCUGGGAGCACAGUCGGGGGGAGAGUACCAGCAUGUCCGGCAGCCUAGGCUCUGGCAGCUGGUACGGCGCCAUCGGGCGUGAGCCGGGCUGGUGUGGGGGCAGCCAGACACGGACCACUCCUCUGCUCUUCUCCCAGGUGCUGGGACCAGGCGACCACCACCACAGCCUCUACUCCACCCCACAGACGUGAUCUCCCACCCCCCUUAGGGUGCCUAGACCCUAGUUCCCCUGGUCCCAGGCCCCCGUGCCAAGUUCAUCUGCCGCUUCUUGCCCAGGAUCUGGGGGGCUGUGGUCACCUCCUCCCUCAGCUGGCUCCUUGGCUGCUCCUAUCGUAGUGAGCUUAUGCCACCCCCCUAGGGUGAGGGACAUGGGCCUGGCUGCCAGAUGCCACAGCACCCUGGCAUGACCUGCCAACUCCGCUUCCACACUGGAGCCAGCUACCUCUCCUGCACCUGCCAGUCAAUAAACAGUGUGUG